AUGAGCAGACAAGCCUGCAAGAACUCCUUCAGCGGCAGGAGCCAGGGCUUCUCCGGGCGCUCAGCUGUGGCAUCGGGCAGCAGCAGGAGGAGCUGCGUGGCACGCUCUGGGGCAGCCAGCACAAGGGCCUGUGGGUCCUGGAGUGGAGCAGGGAGCUUCAGCAGUUGCAGCCUCCGCAGCUGGGGUGGGAGCCGGUGUAGCUCUGUCAGCGAGGCAGCUGGCGUCUCCAGGACUGGUGGCUUCGGCGGAGGGCGUGGCAGCAUCAGCUUCGGAGGCGGCUAUGGAGUUGGCUUUGGGGGAGCUUCUGGCCUUGGGGGAGCUAGUGGCUUUGGUAGGCCUGGUGGCUUUGGUCCUGGUGGUUGCCGUGGGGGAAUCCAGGAAGUGACAGUCAACCAGAGCCUCCUGCAGCCCCUCAACGUGGAGAUUGACCCCCAGAUUGGGCAAGUGAAGGCCCAGGAGCGGGAGCAGAUCAAGACCCUUAACAACAAGUUCGCCUGCUUCAUCGACAAGGUGCGCUUCCUGGAGCAGCAAAACAAGGUCCUGGAGACCAAGUGGGCACUGCUCCAGCAGCAGAGCACCGGCUCCGGCUCACGACCCCAGAGUCUGGAGCCUUUCUUCGAAUCCUACAUCAACUGCUUGCGAAACAAGUCCGACUUCCUUCUGGGGGAGAAGGGACGCCUGGAGGGAGAGCUGAAGGGUGUGCAGGACCUGGCAGAAGACUUCAAAAAGCAGUAUGAGGAGGAGAUCAACCGACGGACGGCUGCAGAGAAUGAAUUUGUAGGGGUGAAGAAGGAUGUGGAUGGUGCUUAUAUGAGCAAGGUGGAGCUCGAGGCUGAAGCGGACAGCCUGACAGAUGAGAUCAACUUCCUGAGGGCUCUCUGCGACAAGGAGCUGUCCCAGAUGCAGACCCAGGUCAGCGACACGUCCGUCAUCCUGUCCAUGGACAACACCCGCAGCCUGGACCUGGACAGCAUCAUCGCCGAGGUCAAGGCGCAGUACGAGGAGAUCGCCCAGAGGAGUAAGGCUGAGGUGGAGGCCCUGUACCAGACCAAGCUCGGGGAGCUGCAGAGCACAGCCAGCAGGCACGGGGAUGACCUGAGAAGUACCAAGAGCGAAAUCAUGGAUCUCAACAGGAUGAUCCAGAGACUGCGAUCGGAGAUCAAGAACGUUAAGAAGCAGAAUGCCAACCUGCAGACAGCCAUUGCGGACGCUGAGCAGCGUGGCGAUGGUGCCCUCAAGGAUGCUGAUGCCAAGCUCCAAGGCUUGCAGGCCGCCCUGCAGCAGGCCAAGGAGGACCUGGCCCGGCUGCUGCGCGACUACCAGGAGCUCAUGAACGCCAAGCUGGCCCUGGACGUGGAGAUCGCCACCUACAGGAAGCUGCUGGAGGGCGAGGAGUGCCGGAUGUCUGGGGAGUGGCAGAAUGCUGUGUGCAUUGCGGUGAUUAGCAAUGCCACCAGCACGAGCAGCAGCUCUGGAGGCUACAGAGGGGCCGGUGGCAGCAACUAUGGAUGGGACAGCAGCAGCAGCGGCAGCAGCAGAGGCAGCAGCGGGAGCAGGCUUGGUGGCGGAGGCAGAGGCAGCAGCAGGGGCAGCAGCAGCGUCUCUGCGAGUCAGCGUGGCUUUAACUCCGGAGGCUCCCAGAUCCUGACCUCGGAAGACAGCAGCUACGAGUCCCGCAGAGGAGGCAGCAGCACCGCCUGCUUCUCUCAGACCAUCACUUCCAGCCAGCAACGCUCCAAGUGA